AUGGGCGCUGCUGAAUCAAAGGACGCUACUCAGUCAAAUGACUACAUCACUGCUACAGAUAGCAAAGCCACAGUUUUUGUUCAGAGGUCGGAUGUUACUCAGUAUCAGGAUUUGGUUGCUGUUCUUCUCAACCAUUUCCCAAAUAUCAACGCAACAUCAAUUGUCAUUCAAACAAAUGAAAUGGAUAACUGCACUGGAUGA